AUGAUUUCAACAAUCGGCACAACAACAAUUCAAGCCGCGAACGGCGGGACUCUGUCCACAACAACUUCACCAAACUCGUUAGUCAUGAAUCCAACAUCUAUGUUAGUAGAGAUGGAAAGCUUCAUUCCUUCUUCAUUUACUUUCGAAACAGAAAUACAAAAAAUUAAGCAGGAACUUUUAACAAGUAAUUUAGACUGUAGUGCGAAAGAUGAAACAAAUGAACAGUAUCUUUAUGAAAUGGAGGACCUCAUCGACCAUUUACCUAAACUAGCUGAAAUUCAGCAUCAAAAACUAACUAUUCCUGAAUUCGACGAAAUUGAAGUCAAAUAA